AUGAAUCACCUUCCUCAAGCUUGGGGCCGUCCACGAGACGACGUCUACGGCGCAUACAGCAACUCGUUCUUACAGACCUCUGGCCCUACAACACACACACAAUCGCCGAUCGUGACAGGAACCUCAGUCAUAGCAGUGAAGUUCAAGGACGGCGUAGUGAUCGCAGCGGACAACCUAGCAUCAUAUGGCUCCCUCGCCCGCUUCACCGACGUGAAGCGCCUCCGCAAAUUCAACACCCGCGCCGUCGUCGGCUUCGGCGGUGACGUCUCUGACAUGCAAUACCUCGACCGCCUGCUCUCCUCCCUCGAUAUCCGCGAGAACUAUGCCGAGGAGUCCCCCGACGCCCAGCUGCACGCUAAGAACCUGCACACCUACCUGUCCAAGGUCAUGUACAAGCGCCGCUCUGACUUCAACCCGCUGUGGAACCACCUGUUGGUGGCGGGCCUGGAUGGCGAGAACAAGCCCUUCCUCGCGAGCGCAGAUCUGCUAGGAACGACGUUCUCGAGCCCGACGCUAGCGACGGGAUUCGGGGCGCAUCUGGCGCAGCCGAUUCUCAGACGUACGGUCCCGGAUGAGGCGACGGUGGCGUCUGUGACGAAGGAGCAGGCGGUGGAGUUGGUCAAGGAGUCUAUGAAGGUGCUUUUCUAUCGGGAUGCGAGGAGUAUGGACAAGUACUCGAUUGCGGUGAUCACGAAGGAGGGUGUGGAGCUGAAGGAGAAUGAGAAGUUGGAGAAUCAGAGUUGGGCAUUUGCAGAGGGUAUUAGGGGAUACGGCACCCAGGUCAAUUAG